GUAAAACAAAGUAAAAUUCGAGUGUGAAACAUGAGAGAAGCUGGGAAAAAUUCGGUUGCUUCUUAUUAUCCGGAAUUUAGAGACAAACAACUGAAAACUGUUUACGGAUGGUUGAGCUGUCGACAAAAGUGCGAAAAUGCAGAGGGACUGUGGAGGGUACACGAUAAAUUGUAUGAUUUAUCGAACUUUAUAGAACGUCACCCGGGUGGACGAGAAUGGCUUGAACUCACAAAAGGUACGGACAUAACUGAACUAUUCGAACUGCAUCAUCUUCAACUUAACGCUGAGAAUAUGCUCCCCAAAUUCUAUGUACGAGACGCAAACGGUCCGAGGAGUUACAAAUUAACAUUCAACGAAAAUGGAUUUUUCCGUACGUUGAAACGACGCGCUCGCAAUGUUAAGCUCGACAAAUCUCCAGAAAAGAUGUCGAAAUUGUAUUCCGAUAUGGUGUUGUUUCUGAUGUUCAGUUUCACCAUCAAAACUGGAAGUUGGAUAAUCGCAGCAUUGACGGGAUUGUUUGUGGCUUGGGGAUUCUUUGUUGGACACAAUUUUCUUCAUCAGAAACACAAUUGGCGCAAAAUUAUGAUCAAUUUUUCGAUGAUGAGCUAUCAUGACACUAGAAUUUCGCACAUAUUUUCCCAUCAUGUCUAUACGAAUACGUUCAAUGACUUGGAAGUUCUAUUGAGUGAACCGAUUUUCACUUGGUUUCCAAUUGCAACGAAAAGUUUCGCCCAACGAUACCUGUCGUGGAUUUAUUCUUGGACUAUUUUUGCUAUCUUUCCACAGCUGUUAUUUGCACAACGAAUCGCAAUCACUUUGCUCACGGAACACAAAAUCUUUCGCAAAGAAGAUUUGAUACCAUUUUCGUUGCCAGUGGCAAUGUAUUGGUUCGGAGUGAGUGACUUCGUUCAAGUGUUCAAAACUUGGAACAUAAUUCUGAGCUUAUCUGGAAUACUGUUCGGUAUCAUUGGCAUAACAGUUGGACACCAUGCACCGCAAGUGAUGCACGAAGGUGACGAUAUCGACAAGAGCAUGGAUUUUGGAAUUUUUCAACUCGAUACCGUUGUUGAUAGAAAAGAUGUAAAAUCGUCACAGUUCCUUGUACUAACUCAUCUUGGUGAGCACACAUUACAUCAUUUUUUUCCGACACUGGAUCACGGCUUACUACCACAACUGAAUGACGUUUUUCUGGAAACGUGCAAGGAGUUCGACACGGAAUUGCGUGAAUUUUCUUGGUACAAACUUUUCAUCGGACACCAUGCCCAAUUGGCUAGAGUGAAAACUUUGAGUGUGGAAGAGAGACGAAAAUUGUGAUGAAAUUGUGUCAUCCCGCAACCGUAUAUAGCUUGAUAUAGCUAUACCGAAAAUAGGCCGAAAGCACACAAGCACUUUAGCGUUGAUGGGACCGACAAUUAUGCUGCGUUUGCCAUUGUUUAGGCUGUGGUUAAUAUCGAAUUACAAUGGAAAACGCAGUAUAAUUGUCGAUCCCAUCAACGCAAUUAAUUU